CAGGAGCGGCCUGGAGCUGGCCAGGAGGACUUUCUCCCGCGGAACUCUCUGGCAGAGAGAAAGUGGGUCUUCCCAGUAAGCCCGGCUGGGGGGGUGGAGGCAUUGCGCCGCACCGCUGCCCUUGGCUUACGCAGAAGCUUGGGAAGCGAGCGCGCCCCCCCCCCGCUGAAGUCAGCGCUCAGUCGCGUCCUAGAACAGAAUGCCUUGAGGAGGUCGGAAUGUGAGACUCUGGCCAAGGCACCCGUCUUGGCAGCCCCAAAUCCCGGGCACGUUUACUCAUGCAAGUGGGCAGAGGUGGGGGACACACGGGACAAGGGGACCAAAUUCUCAAACGUUGGGGUGCCUGAUUUGAUGGCUGCCUGUACCUGCACUUCCCAGUUAUGCCUUUCUGGGUCCCUUUGUUGUUGUUAUGUGCCUCUGAGUCGACUACAACUUAUGGCGACCCUGUGAAUCAGUGACCUCCAAGAGCCUCUGUCAUGAACCACCCCGUUCAGAUCUUGCGACUGCGAUGUCUGUUGACUGUUUUGGACAGCAUGCAGUCCUUUCUGGGCGCCGCUUCCUCUACAUCGUUAACUUAGAUGCACCUUCUGACGGCCACCGCAAGAUCUCCCGUCAGAGCAAGUGGGAUAUUGGAGCUGUGCAGUGGAAUCCACACGACAGUCACGCACACUAUUUUGCUGCUUCGAGCAACCAACGAGUUGACCUAUAUAAAUGGAAAGAUGGUAAUGGGGAAGUUGGCCCUUCCUUGCAAGGGCACACGCGUGUGAUCAGUGAUUUGGACUGGGCAGUGUUUGAGCCAGAUCUGCUGGUGACCAGUUCAGUUGACACGUACAUCUACAUCUGGGAUAUCAAAGACACCCGGAAGCCUACUGUCUCUCUCUCUGCAGUUGCUGGAGCCUCUCAGGUAAAAUGGAAUAAGAAAAACGCAAACUGCUUGGCAACCAGCCAUGAUGGGGAUGUGCGUAUUUGGGACAAGCGGAAACCCAGCACUGCUGUGGAGUACUUGGCAGCCCAUCUCUCCAAAAUCCAUGGCCUGGAUUGGCACCCAGACAAUGAGAACAUUUUGGCCACAUCCAGCCAGGACAACUCCGUCAGGUUCUGGGAUUACCGACAGCCCCGAAAAUACCUCAACAUCCUGGCCUGCCAGGUUCCAGUCUGGAAAGCCAGAUACACGCCUUUCAGCAAUGGGCUAGUGACAGUGAUGGUGCCCCAACUGCGAAGGGAGAAUAGUCUUCUCCUCUGGAAUGUCUUUGACCUCAACACGCCGGUUCACACUUUUGUAGGGCAUGAUGAUGUUGUGCUAGAAUUCCAGUGGCGGAAGCAGAAGGAAGGGUCCAAGGACUACCAGCUGGUCACCUGGUCUCGGGAUCAGACACUACGGAUGUGGUGGGUUGAUUGCCAGCUGCAACGGCUGUGCUCCAAUGACCUCCUGGACGGGGUGGAGGAGCUCAUCGAUGGGAUUUCUCUCCUGCCAGAGACAGACAAGGCCCUGCCUGCCCAACACACUGAGCCCCAGCAGAACCCCGGCCACGGAGAGGAGGAAGCCUUUAGAGAAGAUGCCCAGAAAAUCCGCCUGGCAGGGAAAAAGCUGGACCAUCUGGGGCUGCCCCAAACGCUGCAGCAGGAGUUCUCUCUGAUCAAUGUGCAGAUCCGAAACGUCAACAUGGAGAUGGAUGCAGUGAAUCGUAGCUGCACGGUCUCAGUGCACUGCAGCAGUCACAGGGUCAAGAUGUUGGUGAUGUUCCCUGCGCAGUAUCCCAACAAUGCCGCCCCCUCCUUCCAGUUUGUCAAUCAGACCACCAUCCCCUCCACUAUGAAGGCCAAGCUGCUGAAGAUCCUGAAGGACACGUCCAUGCAGAAAGUGAAACGGAACCAGUGCUGUCUGGAGCCAUGUCUGCGCCAGCUGGUCUCCUGCCUGGAGUCUGUUGUGAAUCAAGAGGACAGCUCCUCCAGCAACCCUUAUGCACUCCCGAACUCCGUAACACCACCUUUGCCAACUUUCCCCAGGGUCUCCAAUGCCUAUGGCUCCUAUCAGGAUUCCAAUAUCCCAUUUCCACGCACUUCUGGAGCCAGGUUUUGUGGGGCAGGGUACUUGGUGUACUUCACACGACCUAUGACAAUGCACCGCGCAGUCUCUCCUACAGAACCAACUCCCCGAUCCUUGUCGGCACUCUCAGCCUACCAUAGUGGUCUCAUAACUCCCAUGAAGAUCCGUACAGAGACCCCUGGCAACCUGCGCUUAUAUGGUGGGAGCCCCACACGCAACGAGAAGGAGCAGGUCUCCAUCAGUUCCUUCUACUAUAAGGAGAGGAAAUCCAGGAGAUGGAAGAGCAAGCGAGAGGGGACAGAUGCUGCCAACCGGCCAAUCAAAGCCGCCGGGAAAGUGAUCAUUCAGGACGUCUCGUGCCUGCUCCCUGUCCACAAAGGGCUUGGGGAGAUGUACAUACUGGACGUGGCUGACAUCCAGGAGACCUGCCAGAAGAACGCUGCCUCAGCCCUGACGGUGGGACGCAGGGAUCUCUUGCAGGUCUGGUCUCUGGCCACGGUAGCAACUGACCUCUGCCUCGGCCCAAACUCUGACCCUGACUUGGAGACCCCCUGGGCCCAGCAUCCAUUUGGUCGCCAGCUCCUGGAGUCUCUGGUGGCACACUACUGCCAGCUCCAUGAUGUGCAGACUCUGGCCAUGCUGUGCAGCGUCUUUGAGGCCCAGUCAAGGCCACAGGGAGCCCUGAUUCCUGUGGGACUCUUUCCUCAGCGCACCUCCAGCCACAGCCGUUAUCCCAGCUUUACCUCCUCAGGCUCCUGUUCCAGCAUGUCGGAUCCUGGACUUAGCACCAGCAGCUGGAACAUAGCCACCAAAGAGCUGGACCACACACCCCUCUGGUGUGAGUCUUCCCCAGAUGACUUCCGCUUUGGGAACUUGGCAUACACUGACCAUCGAGAUCGGGAGAAGGACCAGCAUGACAAGAACAAAAGGCUUCUGGACCCAGCCAACACCCAGCAGUUUGAUGACUUUAAGAAGCGCUACGGAGAAAUCCUUUACCGCUGGGGCAUGCGAGAGAAGCGGGCCGAAGUUCUCAAGUUUGUCUCCUGCCCCCCUGACCCUCACAAGGGGAUUGAGUUUGGGGUCUACUGCAGCCACUGCCGCAGUGAGGUGCGUGGCAUUCAGUGUGCCAUCUGCAAGGGCUUUGCGUUCCAGUGUGCCAUCUGCCAUGUGGCAGUGCGAGGCUCCUCCAACUUCUGUCUGACCUGUGGGCACGGAGGACACACCAGCCACAUGAUGGAAUGGUUCCGCACCCAGGAAGUGUGUCCCACUGGCUGCGGGUGCCACUGCUUGCUGGAAAGCACCUUUUGACCAUGUCCUCGGAGCCUGGAUUUCAGCACACGAGGUCUCUGUUGGGUCACUCUUGGGACGCGAAGAGGCUGCCGUUCUCCCAGGUUGUUUCUAAGAGGGGUGACCAGUUGUCUUAGUUGCUGAUGGUAUGCGGCGUUCCGUCUGCAGAAGGCUGAGUGGGAUGGUUUGUGGCCCAGGAGCUUCUUGAGGGCUUCCUGCCUCAGCAGGAUUUUCCUAAAGUGCCAAGAAAGAGACAGCCAGCUCUUUGCAAAAGACAAUCAUUGGAGAGGACUGGAGGGAUUGAAGACCUUACAGCCUAGAGAUGAGCAAUGAAGCAAAUGCAUCUGGUGGAUACUUGAGAAACGUGCAGCAAACUGGGAACCGGAUGGGUCGCAUUAUGAUCCAUUCCCUCUCCCCCUGAACUGCCAUUUCUUGGCCUCAUAAAGCUGUUUGUAUAUCAAAAUAAACAGAGAGAGCUUCCUAUGCAAACAAGGGGGAAGGCACGGUGUGUCCCUUGGGCCAGGGCACUGCAUGAUAUUUGCCAGGAGCAUUGACUAGAAAACUUCCGACUCUCCUCUGGCGGGUGGUUUUCUGCUCCUUCUUUGACAGACUCAGAUGUAGCUUCAUUUCCAGAGACUGACGGGCCAGAAUGAUUUGCCCCCCGUUUUUCCCUCCUCCCCCCUUUUUCAAAGACUAUUAUUUCUGGGCCUACCUCAUUGACUGUUUUCUUGGCUGUGCCUCUUGCACUCCUUCAAGGACUGGCAUCCAUUGCAGGACUAGAAUUGCCAACUUGCCAAGUGUGGAUUCUGUAAGAGAGGGCCUCAGAUCCCCAGGGAGCAGCACCAGCCAUUGCCUUUGCAGCAGGCAUUUGAAGACUCAAAUAUCCUCGUUUGUUAAUUCGGAAAUGCGUUCCAGCCUGGAGGAGUGGGCAAAGAAAGAGGCUGUUCUUCUGCCAGCAGAGGGCCAAAGACACCUUGGGGUUUGGGAUGUAAACAGGAGCCUGCACUGCGUUCUCCUCUCUUGGGCUUGGCCCUUCACGCUAGCUGAGCCCAUUAAGAGCUCAGACACUGCCUACAUGGUUCUUUUCAAGCCUUGUAGUUCAGGAAGUGGAUUUGUGUAUAUUCUGUAAUAAAAUGAGAACAUUUUAUAAAA